AUGACAAGUACCCUACCCCACCUCCCCCUCCUAGUAGGUUACCCCGAUGGCAAGUAUCCUCCCCACCUCCCCCUCCUAGGAGUUACCCCCGAGGACAAGUACCCUCCCCACCUCCCCCCUCCUAGGAGUUACCCCCGAGGACAAGUACCCUCCCCACCUCCCCUCCCAGUAGGUUACUCCCGAGGACAAGUACCCGCCGGGUCCCGCCCCCACCUCCCCCUCCGAGUAGGUUACCCCGAUGGCAAGUAUCCUUCCCACCUCCCCCUCCUAGGAGUUACCCCCGAGGACAAGUACCCUCCCCCACCCUCCCGUCCUAGUAGCUUACCCCCGAGGACAAGUACCCUUCCCCACCUCCCCCUCGCAGUAGGUUACCCCAGAGGACAACCGUCGGUUGCCCGGUAG